GGUGAGUCAUUUGUCAUUUGUGAUGAGUGAUGAUUGUUUUGAGACAGUUCUUUUAGUUUGCUAUUUAUUAUAUAAAUGAUAGUAAAUAAGCUAUAAGAAGUUUAUAAGAAUUAUCUCAACUUAAGGAGGAUAUUCCGAAAGAAGAAAAGAUGUCGAAACGACCGUUCGAUACUAAUCAAAACAAGAUGACUAGAAAUGACCGAUUUACUCAAAUGUCAUUUCAAGAGAAGCUCAUAGAACAGAAAAAACGGGAAAUUCAAGAAAAAAUAGAUGCAAAAAGGAGAGAAGGUACUCAAGGACUUAAAGAAAAGGAUGUUACGGUUCAGGAGAAAUCCCAUGAUGAUAAAUUAUUAAAAAGAGAUACUCAGGACUCUUUCAAGCCUAAUAUAAAUGUGUUUUCAAACGAUGGUUCUUUCUUAGAUCAAUUUAAACAGCUAAAAGAUAAAAAGACGGAGUCAAAAUUCAAAGCUUUCAAUAAAUUCAAAGAUAAAGAAAGGGAGCGAGAGAGAGAAAAAGAUAGGGACAGAGGUAAUGAAAGAAGUACCCGGAUAAAUAGAGGUCGUUCUCCUUCACCAUUAGAUCGCCAAAAGAGAAGUCGUUUUUCAGCUGAUAGAACUUUUGAACACCAAAAAAUUACUAUCAAUACUUCAUUUUCAAAUGCCAAUACAAUUUCAUCAACAAGUCAGUUUAGUCAACCAAUCCAAAGCUCACAAGGUUUUGAAACUCCUAGUCCCUCUCUAUUAGGACCACAUCCUAGUACACUUCCCCAGUCAAUUAGUAAUGUAAUUUCUGGUCCUGCUUCACUUCCAGCUGAAAAAGUACUGCAACAGACCUUAAGUUUUCCAGCUUCGGCACCAAUUAAUACUUUACCACAGCAAAAUAACCAAGCAUUGGCUUCUGUUACACCUCAGCUUGUUACAGCCACAGUUACACAUAUAACUCCAAAUUUACAGUCUGUAAUUCAACAGCCUGUGGGUAUUGCUCCAAAUCCAUCUCAAAAUUUGGUGCAGGUAUCUGAAACAAUACCAAACUUAACAAGUGGAAUUUCUGCAUUGCAACCAGUGCAGUCUGUUAUAGCACAAACUUUAGCACCACCAAAUUCAUUGUUUACAACGAAUGUUGCUGCAGAACAGAUUGUUCAAGCUCCACCACAAAUUUUAAUGAAUAUCCCACCUCCACAGAUUAUACCCCAAGCUCAAAUAGUACUCACUACACCUCAGACCCAAAAUGUUUUGGUAUCAGCGCCAGCAGGAAUCAUUACUACAGUUACUUUGCCACCACCUGUUAUUACUGCACAGAACUCAUGUACUGGACAGAAUACAAUUGGUAGAGCAUCAGUAAUUCCAACUGUUGAACUGACUUCAAUUCCACCACCCAAUCCUAUACAGGUACAAAACAUUCCCCAGCCAGAGCCCCUUAACACGCUCAACAUUCCACCGCCCGCACCGCUGCAAGUGCAAAACAUCCCCACGCCCACCUCACUCCAACUCAACGAGAUCCCCAACCCUAAACCCCUAGACCUCUUGGCCAUUCCCACUCCCAACGAGGGAGCGGACACGAUGACCGUCUCCGAUCCCGAUUUCAUCAAAAAUAUUCCCCCGCCCAACAAAAGCAUACCUCCCCCCAGUAUGUCGGAGGUUAGCACGGCGAUGGCCCCGCCUAACGCUUUGAUUCAGGCGAAUUUCAUCUCGAAUAACCAGUCUCAAGGAAUUCUAGUUCACAAUAUCGCUAACAACCCUAACAUCGUUGCCAUUUCACAACCUGUACCCGGUCAGCAAUCGUCCUCCACCGCUCACAUUCCUUCGUUAAUGUCCCAGCCGGUGUUGCCGCCUCCCGGAAUGACCGUUAACGUGCCGCCUCCAUCGUUGGUGACAGUUCAGGCCGCCCGUGACGUUUCUCAGCCGCCGCCGAACUUCGUCAGUCAGGCGCCGCCUCUGCUGCCUAACAUGAACAUGCCUCCGCCAGCUUUGGGGGUUCCCAGCAUGGUUCAGGCCGGAUUCAAGGACCAGCUAGCAGGUGGCGCCGAAUUCGAAGCGAUGGCGGCCUUGGCCCGUAUGGUUGCCGACUGCGGCCCCUCCGUCGAGGACGUGGUGCGACAGAAAAAAAACCAAGACCCGAACCUUUGGUUUCUGUUCCAUAGAGAAUCUGCGGCCUAUCGGCAGUACACGGGUCUUUUAGAACAGUACAAGAGAGAAAAGGAAGACAUGAAAGAAGAAGUUAAACCUAAAAGGGAGUUGGAAGAAAUGUACGAACCUGAGAUGGCUUUGGAGGAAGACGAGAGGGACCAAAUGGACGAUAAUUAUGUUGAAAUUAAAGAGGAAAUGAAAAAUGAAAAUGAUACUUAUUCAGAGAAUAAACAGAAGAAAAGAAAAAGUAGAUGGGGUGAGAAAGAUCCCAAUAUUAAACCUCCUGGAGUAAUUCCAGUUAUUGUUCCCACAAUUAGUCCAAUUCGUCCAGUUACAUCAGGACCGACUACGUUACUUUCGAAAGUAACGCGACAAGAUCCAGCAUUGCUGAGGUACGUCGCCCAAACGUACGGUUCGACAAACCUAGAUGAAGAGGACUGGAAAAAGGCCGAAGACAACUAUAAAAUUCAUUUACUCUAUCAAGAUAUGAUCAAAAAGAGGGAGGAACUUGAAAGGUUGCACGCCCAGGGUAAGAAUAAGUAUGAAUACGAUUCCGACGAAGAAACGGAAGGUGGUACUUGGGAACACAAACUAAGAGAAAAGGAAAUGCAAGCUACCGAAAUAUGGGCCACUGAAUUGACAAAGCAAGCGGAAGGCAAGCAUCACAUUGGCGAUUUUCUGCCUCCCGAAGAAUUGAAAAGAUUUUUGGAGAAGUCCAGCGCGGUGAAAGAAGGACGCCAGCCUAAUUUUUCCGAUUACAAAGAGUUCAAAAUUAAAGAGGACAAUAUCGGUUUCAAAAUGCUUCAGAAACUCGGCUGGACAGAAGGAGAAGGUCUGGGGCAGAACAGUGCCGGUAUCGUGGAGCCUAUAAAUAAAGGAGCUCCUAGAGAAAAUACGCAGGGUUUAGGAUUAAAUAUUGGGGAAGCAACUGAAGACGAAGACGAAUAUGAAUCCUACAGGAAGAGAAUGAUGCUUGCUUAUAGAUUUAGACCAAAUCCCAUGAACAAUCCUAGAAGACCUUAUUAUUAAAAUGAUUUUAAAAACUUGUUAUUUGUAAAUAUAUUUUGAACUGGUUAGUAUAAUAUAGCAUUCAUCUUGUUCUUUAA